CUGAAUCCCUCUUUAUUGACCUGGUUUGAAUAAGCAUUAUUCUUAGGCUCACACUCAUUCCUCAUUCAUUUUCAUACUGUGGUCGCACUAAUACACAUGGGAAGUUGUUUAUUAUCGGUUUUCCAGAUAUGUGAGAUUGUGAUAUCUGGUAAUACCACUCUAAUAGUUAUCUUUAUCUUUGUAAAUGUGUGUGUAUGUGAACACAGGGAGUCCAUCAACAGGUUGUGUGAAGCUGUACCAGGAGGAAAAGGAGCCUGGAAGAAGAAAGCCACCAGUAAAACCCUCCAGUCUAUCAUGGGGAAGAGUAACUUGCGUUUCGCUGGAAUGAGCAUCGGUGUCAACAUCUCCAUUGACGGCUUGAGUCUACUCGUCCCCACCACACGACAGGUGAUUGCCCAUCACCCCAUGCAGUCCAUAUCUUUCGCCUCUGGUGGAGACUCGGUGAGCCCUCUUCUUUCCGCUCUUACCAUUUUCCUCUCCAUUAACAAAUGCCACUUGAUUCUCACUUGGAUUUGUAAUCUUGUGUUGCAGGAUACACCAGAUUACGUCGCUUAUGUGGCCAAAGACCCUGUCAAUCAAAGAGCGUGUCACAUCCUGGAGUGCGGUGACGGUCUCGCCCAGAAUGUGAUCAGUACCAUCGGCCAGGCCUUCGAACUGCAGUUCAAACAGUACCUACACAGCCCACCCAAAGCCAUUCCCGCCAUGGAUAGGACCAUACGAACAGAGGAGUCGGCAUGGGGUGAUGACGAGGAAUCAUCUGAGCACAAUUACUACAACAGCAUACCAGGAAAGGAGCCUCCUGUUGGGGGAGUGGUGGACUCUAGGCUCAGGCCUCCUGCGGGCCUACUGGGUCAUGUCCAUACGCAACCACAGAGCAAAACCACUCAGAUGGGGUCACCGGCCAAAAGAGAUGCAGGCAGCCUCCCUGCCACCCACUUGUGUUAUGAAGUGCACUGGGACACAGAGAAAAACAGCAGCUCAAGUUUGACUUCCGAUGGUUACCUGCGAGCAGACGGUCAUCCUCCAGGUAGCCGCGAUUACGAGGAACACCUGUACGUAAACACCCAGAAUCUGGACAACAUGGAGGCUUCAGCGGAUGCCCGAGGAGGACGUAGACCCGAGAGUCCAAAGAAAGACAUUUUUGAUAUGAGACCGUUUGAGGACGCCUUGCGUCUACACGAGGCCAGUGGAGUUUGUGUAUUGGAGGACAAAUGGCCGAGUCCCCCACGCCGUCGGGCCCCCGUGGCCCCAACAGAGGACCAGCUGCGGCGGGAGAUGUGGUAUCACGGGCGCAUGAGCCGCAAGGAUGCAGAGAAUCUGCUGGGCCGAGAUGGAGAUUUCCUGGUGCGGGACAGCGCCACUAAUCCGGGCCAGUAUGUGCUGACUGGGAUGCAGUGUGGGCUUCCCAAACAUCUGCUGUUGGUGGAUCCUGAAGGAGUGGUUCGGACUAAAGACAUGCUUUUUGAGAGCAUCAGCCACCUGAUCAACUACCACCUGACAAACAAGCUGCCGAUUGUUGCAGCAGAGAGUGAGUUACACCUCCAGCAGGUGGUCUGCAGAAUGAACUGACCUCUAUCUGAAGCCCAUAUUGAGUACAUGGGUGUAAGGCCGUCCCCCGUGCCGCCAAUCUAGAGGCCCCACACUGUUGCCUUAAACAGACUCUGAGCUUUCACUGGGACUUGUGGGAUAUCGCUGUUUCUUAAGCACUGACCACAAACAGCUUUCAGCAUGUCUUGCUCCAUCAACCCCUUCUUCAACAGAGAAGACCCCAACUGAGACUUUGGCAUUGGGAAAUAAAGUGCUUGUGAUCACUGAGUUUCCCAGCAGACUGUUCUUGGCAUUGCCUGAAAUGUGAACUUAGGAGAAACCUAUGAGACAGACAGUCUUAUUCCCUUCCUUUACAUCCAUACGAGCGCUCGUAAUCAGUGAACUGUUGUUUCUAAAUAUGAUGUAUUGAGUAACUGUGGCUCUGAUCUUCUCUAAUGGUCACCUCUGAGACUGUGGACAUCUUUGUGUGUUGUGCAUACCAACGAUAUGCUCUCAGGAUGCAGUAUUUGUUAAGGACAUUAUAUAAAGCUCAUAAGCUCAGUUGCUUUAAUUCAGUCGUGUCAAAUGCACGUUUAAUAUAUGCACUCAGGACCAAACUUUUGGGUCGUUCUCAUGUGAUAUUGCCCUUUUUUAAAAUUUGGUGAUUCAGACAUGCAUUAUACUUCACAAAUAUUUAAUUUCUCUUUUGUGUUUAGUCACAAAGAGUUGCCCACAAUGUGCACCAUUUUGUUUUAAGGUGCAUUCAGUAGUUUGGUGGCAAUUAAAAAAACUAAUUAUAAAAUAAAAGCAGUCAAAUUAGCAAAACGUAAGAUUCAAAAACAAAGGUCUGCUGUCCAUUAUCUAUGGUGUAGGGAUGGAUGAAGCACCACAAAUUCAGAGGCCACUUCCAAACUAAGCAGCUUUUUUUGUUAAAUGUGGCGAAUUUGCAACCGUACAGAAUCCUUAAAUCCAGGCUGGGAAAUAUUUAGCGUGUGGUGACGUUUGCCAAGGUUCAACAAAUUUUUAAUAGGCAAAGUACAGUAAUUUCAUUAGGAAUCCAUUCACCUGAUCAACUACCACUUGACAAACAAGCUGCCAAUUUAGGUAACAAACUUGAUGAACUUGAUGAAAAUUUCCAUGGGGAAAUGUUUCACAUCAGUCUAGUCAUUUCAAUAGGAAUCUGUACGAUCAGGAAUUUCAUGUGAGAGUCCAAAAGCGAAGUGAAUAUUCACAUCGCGUUACUCACUCUACAUUACUCACAGGUUGUUUUUUGCAUUACUUGCGCAAAUAAAAACAUAAUUAUGCUUUCCUACAUUUUCUGAUAUAACCGGACAUAUCAAGCCAGACAUGUCAAUAAAAGUUUCGCUCAUUGGCUUGCGCGACAACGAAUAAUGUUAAUUUCCCACUCGAGUUGAAAUUUUUCAACUUGUGCGGAAAACGCAAUUGAGCAGCAAUUUGCGAAUUGAACAACAAAUUGCGAAUUCACAUCUAUUUAUGUCUUUUCAUUGAUUAUCUAUGUAAUCUACUCGCCCAAAUGGUGUACACACCUUUCCCCAUGGGUUUCUGGUCAUGCAGAUUUGCUACAUUGACCAACAAAAAACUGCUUGGUUUAAAAAUGACUUAUUUGCUUCAUACAUCUCUACGCUAUUGACAGUUGUACAUUUUCCCCACAAAAUUCUUACACUAAUUUGUUAAUGCAGCCCUUACACUAUUAUGCACAGAUUCCUAUGGAGAUGAGUGCAAUUUUGCAGUACAAUGUGAACACACCCUAAAAUGUCUGAGAGAAUUCUCAAAAUCCUAUAGAUAUGCUAGUAGCAAAGUGUAGUCUAGUGACUGCUUUACCAGUGAAGACAACAGAAGAAUCCCUACCAGUACGACCAACAACAACAAAAAAACAAGUGCAAACCAUGCAGACAUACACAAAGUGGAAAGAUCCUAUGAUCCUAGAAAAAGCCCUUAUCACCAUUGUGGCUUCCGUACUUUAAGUACACAAAGAACAGCAAUGCUAACGCUAUCUAACAACUGAAUGCACCUUCAAAGUCCUCAUAUAUGUACUUUUGCUGUUGAUCUGGACACAAAAGUCAACCACAAACAUUUUUAUAAAUUUCAGUAAGUAGUUUGUAAUGUCAAACCAUCUUUUUUCAACCUAAAAGCUGCUUUCUGAAGAAACCUGUCUCUAUAAAUGUUCAAAUAUUCUGGUUAUAUAAAAAGAGUUUGGUUCACUACCAUGUAUAA